UUUGGCUUUAUCUUCAUAGAAACUCUGCUCAGUCAUCAUCUGAUCUCCACCAGUGCUGGCCGUGUCUUACCAUGGGGCUUCGUUGUGGCAUUUUAGUUUUGCUGUUGUUUCCUUUGCUUUCCCAGGGGAAUGUGACCCCGUUCACAAAUUGCCUUCAGUUCUUUGUGAAUAGGGUCCAUCCCACGGUUCUCAGAGAUCCUAUGGAAAACAAUCGCUACCGGGAGAUAUGCCAGUGUCUCAUGGACCAGAACAACCAAGUAGUUUACUACUAUGCCACGCUCUACGAUACCAAGAAUAAGAUUCCUGUGUAUUCUGCCUACACGCUUCAACAUUCAAACGUUUCCCGAAAGGACCCUUGGUAUGUCGAACCUCAGCUCGAUAAUGGUUCAGAUCUCUGCAUGGGCGCACAGCAACCCUCAUCCAUAAUCUGGGGUCAACACCAGGCCCUGAAUAAAGACUAUGUGUCUUCUGGCUACCAUAAGGGCCACCUCUACCCAGUCUACCACACUUCCACCGAUUUAUUCAUGCUAGCCACCUCUACCCUGACCAACGCAGCCCCACAAGACUCACACUUCAACCAGGGCCAAUGGAGGACACAUGAAUAUAACCUGGUUAUUAAACUACUGCAAAACGCCGACUGCUUAAUGGUCUAUGUAGUCACUGGUGUAGUGCCUGGUAACAUAUAUAUAGGUAAUGGUGUCAGAGUGGCUAAGUACUACUGGAGUGCAAACUGUUGUGUUAUUAAAUAUGGACCUAAUAAUUCCCAAGGGUACUUAGGUCCUGAUAACAACGGCAAAGUGGAAACACUGACUGUGCAACAACUGGAGACACGACUCAAUGUUUAUUAUAAUUCACCGUUCUCUGUGUUCCGAGGCGGAUGCUAACGCUAAGUAAGCUAGCUAAUGCUAAUUUCAUCUUGAACAACACUAUUAUUGCAACAAUUAUACAUUUGACUGUUUUUAACACAUGCAAAUUGUAUUUUUGUUAAAUAAAAUACCAAUUGUUCUUCGUAAUUACGAUA